CGGUGCCCUGCAGGGCUGUGAGCCGGAUUCCGAGUGAGCGGGAUGGGUUGUCACAUAAAAGUCUGGGUUCCAACAUUCACAUCAUGCUCCACUCUUGCAGCAUAAAGCCCACCAGUACUCUUAUCCACAAUCACCUUAUCUUCACCAACAUACUUAGUUCAUGUGUGAUUUGGCACUACGCCAUGGAAAUAGCUGGUAAUCACACCGCCAGCCAAGCAGACAAAAGACCUUCCCUGAGCGAUUUCCCCCUCCUCCGGAGGUGUAUAUGCUGCUAGAUCUUUACCACUCUCUUUAUCAGACACAUUAUCAACCACAUUGCCGGCCACGUUACUCAUAGGUGGAAUGAGAUUUACAAACUUCUUACGUCCUUGCCUCGACUUCUGCCUCUAUUUUGAACCUUUAUCUGCAGGACUAGCAAAGCGCUUUCUCUCCCUAGGUAAAUGCAGAGCGACCGUACUUGCCGCAAGACUCACAUUUCAACGGCAGCCAAGGAUAGGAGACUGAGAUGUCAACUUCCCUUCCAUUUGAGAAACCAGAGAUGAUGUUAGUCAGGAGCUUCUUCGUUAAGUCAACUAUGACAUACAACUUCGCAACCUGGAAAUUUUCCUUCUGCUCAGUUUCUGGUGCAAGAGAUACCGGCUUUCCCCACUGCGGUGGCCAGUCUACUUAAGUUUUCUUUGUUGAAUAACAGAUACAGAACUCCCCGAAGCUCAACCGGCACAACUGCAUUGGUCAGAGGCCCCUCCUCGUGAGUAAACUUAGGCGACCAUGGAGCCACAAACAUCGGGUAUUCAACAAUGUUCCAACACGUCCUCCCCAAGAGUAUCUCCCUGGUUUUGACGUUCGUCACUUUUAGAAGGUAUUCACCUUGCCCAACAUUGUGUACAAAGAUUCUCGGACCAGUCUUAGCCCAUAUAUAAUUUACUACUCCAAUAAUUCGUCCCAUUGAAGGGCAAUCACCGGGAAAUCUUGCAAAGAUGAACUCGCGAAACUCUUCCUUGGCUGCUGCGAUGUUAUCAUCCGGGAUGAGGACAAACGGAGCACACGAGACAUGUUCUACUGGCGUGCCUAUCUCUUCCAAAGUUGCACUCUUUAAGAAGACUAGCAUACCUCUUUACUCCAGCAGCUUCAUUCGAGCGCACAUCCUGACGCAGUGAGCUCUCAUCUGAAUUGAUUAUAGGAAUGACUCCCGUAGAUACCUCUUCACCAAUGAUAGCGGGAGUAGAAGUGUUAUCAGCAACCGUACUGGUGAUAACUGCAGUCAGACCCAACGAUAAGACCGGAAUUGGGGAGACAGGAGAAACAACUACGAAAUCCGUAGAAAAAGUAGAACUGGUGGGAUUAACAACCUCCUUAGCUUUAGUUUUUGUCAUUUUUACCACUUUGGUGGUGGUUACAGCAUCAGCACAUGGAGCACUGGCGAGAGAUGAUGACUUCUUCAACGACUUUACGAAAAUGGACGAUUUCAUGGAGCUCUAAAGACGAACCAUUUUAGAAGAUCUAUUGAAGGACCGAUUAUGCUUCUUCUUUUUUUUUUUUAGGUGGCAUGACAGAGGAGAGGGAGACAAUGUUUUUACUACAUGCUGACAUCUAGUUUUUUAUACAACAAAAAAAGCUUUUUAUACAACACUGCUAAAUAUGAAAAUGGAAUAUUACCCUAUUAUAAAAUCAAGAAAAUAAUAUUCCUGUUGUUUCAUAUUUUUUUCUGUUUUGAAUGUUGUCGCUACAUACCGUGUACUUUAAGUAUGUAGUUUAUUUCUUAACGAUACUUAAGCAUGUAGGUUACAUCAAUAUAUAGCCCCAAUGACAUGUUUUGAAACAUUUGUCGUUACCAAUAACAUCUAAAAUAUUCGUUUUCCUAGCAUAAAUUCCGGGAACAGCAUGUGAUGAAGGGAUAUAUUUUACAUUUGAUUUUAGUUAAUUAUUACUACUAAUAAACAAAGAAAAAUUAUUCUAUUUCAUAGUUAUAAAUUCAUUAAAGGUCGAUUUCGGUGUGUGUAACUAAAAACAGAUGGACACUUUCAUUCAAAUAUUAUUCAUAUAGUAAUUAUGAAAAUUUAUUAUGUUAACGUGGACAAGAGUAGUCGCUUCUUCCUCCUUGGAAAUAAAAAUAACGCAUGUUCAUACGAAUCGAGAAAAAAAUAGUACAGUACAUUCAAAAUCCUCAGAAUAAACAAAAACGAAUUUCCCUCUCUAACGAUUUUUUUUACCACUAUAUCUUAUAUACCGAAGUCUAGAAAUGUCCGUGCGCGUCACCUUGCAAAGGUGCUCAAUCACGUGAGGUUAGCUCAUCCUAUGUAAACUGUUUUGAUCCUUAUUACUAAAUAGCUAUUGAGGCUGGUCAAGUCAAGUAGAAGCAAAUUUAAUUAAAUCUAUACUUUAAAUGUAAAAAAUAUGAAUUCAAGAUAAUUUGUAACUUUUAUACGAGAUCAUUAAUUUUAUAAUAGUAUGAUAUCAAAAGUGGGCCUAAGGGAGAUUGAAAAUGAUCAGCUCAAAUAAUUAAAAUUUUAAUAUACAUAAAAAGCAAGCAAGUAAAACAACAUUUCAAAAUAAAAUAAUAAAAAUAUAACCAUUUCAUCUCAAAAUUCAAUAUAUAAACCCUCUUCCACCAUCUUCUACUUCCUCACAAACAACAUUUCCCACACAAAAAUGGCACCAAUAAAAGAUCUCAUAUCCAAGUUCUCAGAUUUCAAGAACAACAAGAAACUUAUUAUCUCCUCCGCCGUCUUAGCUUUGGUGCUAUUUUCCGCCGUCGUUGGAAUCGCCGUAACAAAAUCUAACCAAACCAAAAACCAAAAAAUCCCAACGCUAACUCCUACAUCACACGCCGUUUUAAAGUCCGUUUGCAGCUCAACCCUUUACCCGGAGCUCUGUUUCUCCGCCGUGGCAGCCACCGGGAAAAAGUUGACGUCAGAUAAGGACGUCAUUGAAGCGUCGCUGAACCUAACCACAAACGCCGUGAAACACAAUUACUUCGCCGUCAAGAAGCUUAUCACUAAAAGAAAAGGCUUGACGGCGCGUGAGGUAACAGCGCUUCAUGAUUGUUUGGAGAUUAUUGAUGAGACGUUAGAUGAGCUUCACGUGGCGCUGGAGGAUCUUGAUCAGUAUCCUAAAGGAAAAUCUCUGAGGAAACAUGCUGAUGAUCUGAAAACCCUAAUUAGCUCAGCCAUUACUAACCAAGGGACUUGCCUUGACGGCUUCUCUUACGACAAAGCAGAUCGGAAACUUCGCAAGGCCUUAUUGAAGGGGCAGGUACAUGUGGAGCACAUGUGUAGUAACGCAUUAGCAAUGAUCAAGAACAUGACAGAAACCGACAUAGCCAACUUCGAGCUGAAAGACAAGUCCAGCUCCACCAACAACCGCAAACUCAAAGAGGAGCUUACAGGCGACUUAGACGGAGAAGGCUGGCCAAACUGGUUAUCCAUCGGAGACAGAAGGCUUCUUCAAGGGUCAACGGGGGUUAAUGCAGACGCCACGGUGGCGGCUGAUGGAAGCGGUGACUUUACGACGGUUGCGGCGGCUGUAGCAGCUGCGCCGGAGAAGAGUAAUAAGAGGUAUGUGAUACAUAUAAAAGCAGGAGUUUAUAGAGAGAAUGUGGAAGUGUCGAAGAAGAAGAAGAAUAUAAUGUUUUUAGGAGAUGGUCGAGGAAAGACUAUUAUCACCGGAAAAAGAAACGUCGUUGAUGGAAGCACCACUUUCCACUCAGCUACAGUUGCUGCCGUUGGUGAAAGAUUCUUAGCGCGUGAUAUCACGUUCCAAAACACGGCUGGUCCGUCAAAGCAUCAAGCUGUGGCUCUCCGGGUCGGGUCAGACUUCUCGGCUUUCUACAACUGUGACAUGUUAGCUUAUCAAGACACACUUUACGUUCACUCCAACCGUCAGUUCUUUGUCAAAUGUCACAUAGCUGGAACCGUUGAUUUCAUCUUCGGAAAUGCAGCCGCGGUUUUACAAGACUGUGUUAUAAACGCACGCAGACCGAACUCCAACCAGAAAAACAUGGUCACGGCUCAGGGCCGGUCCGACCCGAACCAAAACACUGGUAUUGUGAUUCAGAACUGUAAGAUUGGUGCCACGUCGGAUCUUAUGGCCGUGAAAGGAAGUUUUUCGACGUAUCUUGGCCGUCCUUGGAAACAAUAUUCAAGGACAGUGAUAAUGCAGUCGGAUAUAUCCGACGUGAUCCGACCCGAAGGAUGGCUUGAGUGGAGUGGAGAUUUUGCGUUGGAUACUCUGACUUAUAGAGAGUAUUUGAAUAGAGGAGCAGGGUCUGGAACUGCAAAUAGAGUAAAGUGGAAGGGUUAUCAGGUGAUUACAAAUGUAACAGAGGCUCAGCAGUAUACGGCUGGUCAGUUUAUUGGUGGUGAAGGCUGGUUAGGUUCGACCGGUUUCCCUUUCUCGCUAAGUCUUUGAUAUUUUUAUCAUUUGAAUUAUUAAUUUAUGUUCCAUUAUUAAUCAAUAAACUAUGAAUUUGAUAAAGUUACUCUUAUAAGGUUAAUCCAUGGCAAAGUUAGCA